AGAAAACCAAUUUAUUUAUUUGCUGCAAACUUCAAAAUACAAGAUUUCUUCUUCUUUUGCUUCACAGUAGCUGCCGGCUCCCAAAUUUUUCCUUCUCCCUUUUCCGUUUUUCUCCCAAUUUUCGACCAAAUUUUCCUCUUCAAUUUCAUCUCCCUGGUGCCGAAGGUGCUCCCCCCUUUUAUACAGAAAUAGAGAGGACUCCCAUCCUUUUUCUAAUUCUAAAUUCUAAUCCCAAUCCCCAAAAUUACAGAUAAUAAUCUAAUCCUAUUUGAAAUUGGAAUCUUAAAAUUAAUCUAGUCUUUACACAUCUUCCCUCUUUUAAGGCUAGAUUCAUACCUUCAAAAUAUCAGGACUCCCAAUUUGAAUCGACUUCGAAAAUCUUCUGCAACUCUUGAUAAGGACUUCAAAUCCGAAAAUCUCUUCUUGUGUUGUUGUGGUCUAUCCAAACUUUGAAUGGAUUUAGAGAUAAAUCAAGAAGAAUUUUGUGAAAUUUGGAGAUAGUCGGCGGCAAAAGGAAGAAACCCAUUUUUUUUGCGAACAAGAAAAGAAUGCUGGGUCAUAUUGUGGACAAAGUCAAGGCAACUGCCGCCGGCAAGGAUGGCAGGGGAAAGAAGGUCAUGGGUACUGUUGUUUUGAUGAAGAAGAAUGUUCUGGACUUCAACGACUUCAAUGCAUCAAUUAUCGACAGGCUUGAUGAGUUGAUCGGGCGGAAAGUCUCCCUGCAGCUCAUCAGUGCUGAGAAUGGUGACCCUGGUGAGUUCUCUACGUGUUUGAUCUUUUGUCUCAACCAAAAAUUUAUCUUCACUGGAAAGAAAGAUCAAAAACAUGGGUCUUCUGUUUGUGUUCUUCGGUCUUCUGCAAAACUGACGUCUUGUUUAAUCUAUUAAAAGAACUGGUUUUUUUCUUUUUGAGUACAUAGAGAUGGGGUCUUUGACUCCAGUUUUCAAAGUGUAUAUAUGGUCUUUAGUUUAUCUCAUCCAUAAAACUUCACUUGGAAG